UUCAUCUGCAGACCAUAACCAAAGGCCCUGCCAUUUCAAUCCUCUCUUUAGAAACUUCAAAACUUGAAACGGAACUUCUACCCCAAAAUUUGAAUCAAAACAAAUUUCUCUCUUUGCUAUUCUCCUAAAUAUUUAUAUAUUUUUAUAGAAAGCUCGAACUUGAACUUAUUGUUUAGUCAGUGAUUGUACUAAUCCAGACUAGCCCAUGAUAAAUUUUUUUAAUUGCCAUAAGUGAUAUUAAGCAUAUCACCGAAUUGGCUAUAGUGUAUAUUGAGCAGCGAUUCUCUAGUUGCUGGAAGAUGCAAUUUCUGCGACAAUUAAGGUAAAGAUGAGCUCGAGGACCAAAUACAACCCACAAUUGUCUAUUAAUCAGCGAUCAAAAAUUUCUUAUAACCACCUUUGUAUCUUAGCCGAAAGAAUGCAUCUUAGUAUCCGUCAAGUGUUCCACGACCAUGCACGUGUCCACAUGCAGAGGACACGUAACACUCGUCGCCUUCCUCGUUAGUCUUUAUAUAUACAGAUCAACAAUUGAUCACCAAUGGCAGUGACUCUUAUCGAAAAAUUUUCUUUCUGUGGAAAAAAAAAAUUGAAAAAGAAUGUUUCAGAAAGCUUCAAUUAUGCCUUGUUUACUCUUAUCACUCGUCCUUUUGCUUUCCCUUUGCUGCUCUCUUCGUGCGGAGGCCUUCAGAGAGGAGGAAUGUGAUUAUUUUGCUGGGAUGAAACCCUCUAUGGUGAAGAGGGAACACAGGAAGUCUUUAGUGGUGACUGAAUAUGGAGAGAUCUCAGCUGUUGAUAUCUCGAGUGGUACAAGAGGGGCAUACCAUCUUGAGUUUAUGACAUUGGAGCCUAAUUCCUUGUUUCUUCCUGUUCUUCUUCACGCUGACAUGGUUUUUUAUGUGAAAACAGGGAGUGGGAAAUUGAGUUGGGCUAAAGGUGGAAGAGAAAUGAAGAGGGUGAAUUUAAAGAGAGGAGAUGUGCAUAGGCUACAUCCAGGCUCAAUUUUCUUUGUGCAGUGUAGCUUGGAACCAGAACGACAGAAGCUCAGGAUUUAUGCCAUCUAUUCAAAUACAGAUGAAGAUCUCUACGAGCCAGCCAUUGGAGCAUACUCUAGCAUCAGAGAUUUGGUUCUUGGCUUUGAUAAGAAACUCCUACAAUCAGCUUUUAUGGUCUCUGAUGAUGUAAUAGAAGAAAUGACAAGUGCAAUGAGGCCACCAGCCAUAGUGCAUGCAGUGUCAGAGAAGAAAUCAAUAUUUUUGGAACUAGAAGCUAGGUUUCUAAAAGCUCUUACUGGCAACAAAGAUGGCUCCUUCUAUGACAUCAAUGGUGGGAACAAGAAAACCAAGACAUUCAACAUUCUAGACGCUGACCCAGAUUUUGAGAACUGUAAUGGGUGGAGUGUGACUGUAGGCAGAAGAGACUUGAAAUCUCUAAGGGGUUCGAAUAUUGGAGUUUUCAUGGUGAACUUGACAAAGGGGUCUAUGAUGGGGCCACAUUGGAACCCAAUGGCUACUGAGCUAGCGAUAGUUUUACAGGGACAAGGGAUGGUAAGGGUGGUUUGUGCUAGCAAUUUAAAUGAAACAAAGUGCAAGAACACGAGGUUCAGGGUUGAGGAAGGAGAUGUUUUUGCUGUACCUAGAUUCCAUCCGAUGGCUCAAAUGUCUUUCAAUAAUGAUUCAUUUGUUUUUAUGGGUUUUAGCACAUCAACAAGGAAAAACUACCCUAAAUUUCUAGCUGGGAAAAGCUCAGUCCUACAAACUUUGAACAAACAGAUCUUGGCCUUGUCCUUUAAUGUCACUAAUGCCACUAUUGAUCGAUUGUUGACUCCUCAGGCAGAGGCAGUAAUAUUGGAAUGCACUUCUUGCGCCGAGGAAGAGGAUAUCAUAAUGAAGGAAGAAAUGGAAAGAGAAAGGCAGGAAGAGGAAGCUAGGAAGAGAGAGGAGGAAAGGAAGAGGGAAGAAGAGGAAAGGAAAAGAGAACAAGAGGAAGAGGAAAGGAAAAGAGAAGAAGAGGAAGAAAGGAAGAGGGAAGAAGAGGAAAGGAAAAGAGAACAAGAGGAAGAGGAAAGGAAAAGAGAACAAGAGGAAGAAAGGAAGAGGGAAGAAGAAGAAAGAAAGAGGGAAGCAGAGGAAGAAAAGGAAAGGGAGAGGGAGGAAGAAAAGGAAAGGAGGAGAAAGGAAAAGGAAGAAAGGAAGAGAGCACAAAAGAGGCAAAGAGAGGAAAAGAAAAGACAAGAAGCAGCAGCAAGAAGGGUGCAAGAAGAGGCCAGAAGAGAAGAAAUAGAAAGACAAGUGAAACAAAAGGGAAAAGAAGCUAGGAAGGAGAAGGAAAGAGAAAUACAAGGUGGUGAGAGCCAAUCAGAAGAGGAGAAACAGAAAGGAGAAACAGGGGAAGAAGAAGAAGGAGGAACUAGAAAAGAAGAGCAAAAGCGUGAAGGCGGCAGUGGCAGAGGAAGAAGAGUGUGGAAAUUUUGAAGGGUGACCUAAUAGCUGCUGCAUUGGACGAUCCUCAGCUACUUUCUCUGUAGAUGUAGCAAUAAAAGCUCCUUCUACGCUAUGCAGUUUGCCCUGUUUUCCCUCUUUUUAUUCCUUACUAAGCUCUGCGAUCCAUGGAUGGAGAUUGGACAUCAUGUGCACCCUGUAAUGAAUUUGGAUCCUUUUUUUUUUUUUUUUCAUGAGUUUGGAGAUGUAAAAUAAAAUUUGAAAUCCAAGUUCGUUUUUUUUUUU